CCCUCAUUUCACUGUGUUUGGACACAUUCCAUUUCAAAUUUUCUUUCUCUCUUCUCUUCUUUCAGUUGACAGAGAAAUGAUGAAGAAGAUAACUCGCCGAUCGAAGCAAUCGAGCCCCGUCGUCGCCGCCGCCGCCGCAGCAGCUCCGGACGCCGAAGCAAACGAAAAGCAACUUCAAGAGGAGAGGAUUCGUGAGCUCGAGCGAGAGAACAAAGAGUAUCAGAUGGAGAUUGCAGAACUAAGGAAACAGAAGGAGAAUGGUACUUCGGCUUCGGACAAGGGAGUUGAAAAGCUUAAAAAGGACUAUCUGCAGAAGCUGAACUUACUCGAAGAACAGGUCACAGUAUUGAAGAAUAAAUUGGGGUCUCAAUCCCAAUUUUCAACCCACAGAAAAAAGGUGGAUGAAUCAACCAAGCAGUUGCAAUUUGAGAUUCAGAGUUUAAAGGCUCAGAAGGUUCAACUGCAAUGUAAGAUGAAGUUACAGUCUGUGCAAUCCAGAUUAUGCAAGGCCUUACUGGAAAAGGAAGUUCUUCAGCUUAAGAAAGAGGGAAGAAGGAAUGACAUCAAGACUCAAAGUUUGCUGGCUUCAAAUGAGAUGCUUAAAAUAGUAUUGCAGAGGAAGACUGAGGAAGCUUCUGCUGUUACUAAACGUCUAAGAGACUUAAUUGAAGCGCGAAAAGUUAUAUUAAAUCGUUCAAAUGGUGCAAGAAAUAGAAAUGGCCAAGUAAUUCAGGAUGCUGAGCUUGAACUCGAGGUGACAACUCAAUUACACAAGUUAUGUUAUCAAUAUGAAUCCAAAAUGGAAAAGAUGACUGAAGAGAUUGCGCAGCUAAAAGAAGAAAUUGAGAUGCACAGGCAGGAAAAGUUCAGUCCAAUGUCUCAGUCACAGGAGGAAUAUUUUGACAUCAUGGAGAAGGAUUCUGAUAUCCAAGAUUUAAAGGAACAAGUAAACAGCCUUAGUAGCCUACUUAAAGAGUUACAAUUGCGGAAGGAGAAGCUUGAUUGCGGGGAUAAGAAGCAGCAGGACCUGGGUCAGCAUCUUUUUUCUGAUGAGAGUAAUGAUAAGAUAAGAGUGGAUACCCCUGAAAGUUCAAGUGAAAAUAAUGUUAAGAGGGAGAAAACAGCUGAAGGGCUUUGUUGUUCAUGCAGUAAGAAGUCUUUGUGCAAGACUACAAAGUGCAGGUGCCGAUCAACUGGUGGGAGCUGCGGACCGUCAUGCGGCUGCACACAUUCUAAGUGUACAAAUAGGGAACAAACCGAAUUGGCAGGAAAUGAAGAACCACCAAAAUCAGAAAAUUCAGUAUGCAGUAUGAACAAUUUAGCUGUUGACAAAGAUGGAAGUUCGGUCGCUGCUGAAUGUGCUAAGCUACUCCAGAGUGCACUUGUUCAAAAACCUCCGAGUAACCGAGACAACCCGGGGCCCAAAAAGAAGCCAUUAUCUGACAUCCAGAACUCACUGGUCAACAUGGAUUCUCCAAAGCAAGGUAAGAAAAAGAGAGGGCGGAAGCCAGUAAUUCACCUUGUUACCAAGGAUUCAAUGUCCUCGUCCCCAGAAAAUACCAGCAGCACCUAAACAUGCAAAAUUGGAACAAAGGAAAAUAAUACAUUGAGUUAGGAGUAGGUGACGAGACCAGCUACGAAGAGUAACUCUGGCCAGUUAAAUGAAUUGGUGACAGCCACUAGUGAUGCAGCUGGUUUCGUCAUUUGAAAGUCCAAUACUAUAUGGAAAAAUCUCCUGUUGUGAAAGACUGUUUGAUUUAACCUUGUCAUUUUCAAAUUCACUCCUUUUGGGGGGGUUCAUAUAAGAAAAGCUGCAGGCAUUUUGUGUUUUGAAAAUUGACACCAAUGCUGAAUUGUCAAGUGCUGUGUUUGGUUGUUGAUUUGGACCCCAUAUUUAUUCUUUCGAAUAAUGAGGUUUCAGUAUGAGAGAAAAUCGGAAAAGAUAAUUCAUUAAAUUUUAUAUUAUUAAUAGUAAGUUCUAUUAUUUA